AUGAAGAAACCCGAAAUCACCGAAACCAAAACAACCGCAAACUCCAAAGACGAACACUGGAAAACCCAAGCCCCCUACAUCGCCCCAGGAAAAUCCCACCCCCACGGCGAAUCUUUCCACAAGAAGAUCCGCGGCGCCUGCCAAUGCGGCCAAGUAACUUACUGGCUCUCCAAAGAUGAGCCCCUAGCCUCAAAGUUCUGCCACUGCAGGGACUGCCAAAAGAUGCAUGGCGCGCCCUUUCAGUGGGCGGCCAUCUUCCACAAGGAAGACCUGGCGUUCGAUAACGGAGUUGACGGGCUGACGUUCUACUCGUCGGGGAAGAAUCUGCAGGGCCAUGAUUUGCCGUGUAAAAGGGUUGUAGAUCUCCCCGAUGGAAAGCCCAAGUGGAGCGGCCUAGAUGAGAAGAGCGAGCUAAUGGAGGAAGAGGUUGUAGAUGUGAAGCACAAAAAGCGAAAGAUGGAGCAUACUAAUGGCGACUGA